AUGGGAUAUAGUGGUAGCCUGAGCUUUGCUCUCCUGUGCUGGGUGGUCAGUGGGGUGACUGGUUACAAUCCCUGGGAUUUCUCUAGGAGAGACUCAGCCAUCUGGAGACCCACCCCCAGGGCUGAGCCCCCUCAUAGACGAGCCCAUGUGCCCUCUCUUGCCCAGCCCUACCCCUGGGCUCAAGUUGAUGCUUCCCAGUUCAGGGCUAUGUCCCCACUGCAGCCUGUCACAGUGCAGUGUGAGGAGGCUCAGCUGGUGAUCACUGUGCACAGGGAUCUGUUUGGGACGGGGCGACUGAUCAAAGCUGCUGACCUGAGUCUUGGCCCAGCCGCCUGCCAGUACACGUCCCUUAAUGCUGCGGAGAACACAGUGACUUUUACGGCUGGGCUCCAUGAAUGUGGCAGCACCUUGCAGAUGACCCCAGACUCCCUGAUUUACAGCACAAACCUGAACUAUAAUCCCACCCCUGCCAGCAACCCAGUGAUCCUGAGAACCAGUCCAGCUGUGAUUCCCAUUGAGCGUCACUACCCCAGGUGA